AUGGACAAGGAGAGGAGUGCUGUGACUGAGAGGAUAUUACAUCUCACCCUGGAGAUCAUUUACCUGCUGACUGGGGAGGGUUACACAGUAGUGAAGAAGAAAUCCAGUGACUGUGUGACACCCAGCAGCUGUCCCCGUGUGUCAGGAGGACUGAGCAGGACCCACAGCCCAAUCACGGUGCCUCAACCUCACUCACUGAUACAUGAGAGGCACAAUGUGCUGAAGAUCCUGGAUCUCACUAACAAGAUCAUUCAGCUGCUUGCUGGAGAGGUUCCUAUAAGGUGUCAGGAUGGUGCCGUCUGUUUCUCCAUGGAGGAGGGGGAGUAUAUAGAGGAACACAGGGGUCUGUACAAGGACGUGAUCAUAGAGAAUCAUCGGCCCCUCACAUCACUGGAUGGACCCAGUAACAGAGAUACCCCAGAGAGAUGUCCCCAUCCUCUGUAUUCCCAGGAUUGUAGACAGGAGAAUCACAGGAUCCCACAGGAGGAUCAGACAGAAGAUAUAGAGGAAGAAGAAGAGAUAGAUGUGACUGAUAAUAACGCAGAAAAUAUGGAGGAAGAAGAAGAGAUAGAUGUGACUGGUAAUAACGCAGAAGAUAUAGAGGAAGAAGAAGAGAUAGAUGUGACUGAUAAUGCAGAAGAUACAGAGGAAGAAGAAGAGAUAGAUGUGACUGAUAAUAAGGAAGAAGAAGAGAUAGAUGUGACUGAUAAUAAGGCAGAAGAUACAGAGGGAGAAGAACAGACGUAUGUGAGAGGUAAUCAGAAGUGUAUGGAGGAGGAAAUCCCUACAGGUAACAGCACAGAUGGAUAUAGCAGCCGGAAUGUUUCAGAGGAUCAUCUCGUUUUAACUGAAAAUUGUGACAUAGAUGAUGAUGACAUCACACGAGAUUCUCCUGGAGAAAACCCAAUCACCCCAAUUAUACACCUAGUACCUCACCAUACUGAUAUAUCAUCUGAUCUCUCUGGUCAUGAGGAAUAUUCUGAUAAUGCGCAGAUUGCUACAUCUGUUACAUCUCUUACAGUAGAUACAAUGUUUUCCUGUUCUAUAGAUACACAGAACACAAAGUGUAUUACCCAUCAGCCAGCUAAGGAACAUGAGAGGCAACUUCCGUGUUCUGAGUGUGGAAAAUAUUUUAGAUAUAAAUCACAAUUAAUUAUACAUCAGAGAUGUCACACUGGCGAGAAGCCAUUUCCAUGCUCUGAGUGUGGGAAAUGUUUUACAACUAAAUCAAGUCUUGUCAAACAUCUGAGAAGUCACACUGGUGAGAAGUCAUUUCCAUGCUCUGAGUGUGGAAAAUGUUUUCAGUAUAAAUCAACUCUUGUCAUGCAUUUGAAACGUCACACUGGCGAGAAGCCAUUUCCAUGCUCUGAGUGUGGGAAAUGUUUUACAAUUAAAUCAAGUCUUGUCACACAUCUGAGACGUCACACUGGCGAGAAGCCAUUUCUAUGUUCUGAAUGUGGCAAAUGUUUUACACAGAAAUCAGAACUUGUUAUACAUCAGAGAAGUCACACAGGUGAGAAGCAAUUUUCAUGUUCUCAGUGUGGCAAAUGUUUUACAUGUAAAUCAAAUUUAAAUAGUCAUCAGAGAUGUCACACAGGUGAAAAACGAUUUCCAUGUUCUGAGUGUGGGAAAUGUUUUACAGGUAAACAAAGUCUUGUCGCGCAUCUGAGAAGUCACACUGGCGAGAAACCAUUUACAUGCUCUCAUUGUGGGAAAUGUUUUACAUAUAAACACAAUCUUGUCAUACAUCUGAGAAGUCACACUGGCGAGAAACCAUUUACAUGCUCUCAGUGUGGGAAAUGUUUUGCAUUUAAAGCAAGUUUAAUUUUUCAUGAGAGACUCCACACAGGUGAAACCCCAUUUUCAUGUUCUGAGUGUGGGAAAGGUUUUACCCAGAAAUCACAUCUUGUUACACAUCUAAUCUUUAUCAAUUGGCUGCUGGAGAGGGAGAGUCGAUCCUACAUGCCCCUGCUGAUGGAGAUUAGGGAGAAUAACCCAGAGGACUACCGCAACUUCCUGCAAAUGGACGAUGCCACGUUCCAGGAGUUGCUGCAUCUGGUGACCCCCUAUAUCCGGAGGCAGGUAACCAAGUUCCAGAGGGCCAUCCCUGCUGAGGAAAGGUUCUCGCGGCUACACUGCGCUACCUGGCUGCUGUACACUCGUUUGAGGACCUCCAAGUUUGGGACCCGCAUCUCUGCUCAAGCUUUGGGGCGCACUAUCCCUGACACCUGCAAGGCUAUAGUCAAGGUGCUGCAGUUCCGUAAUUGUAAGCUCGUCGGGGACUAUGGCUGUGCCAGUGGUCGGCCGAAGCGGAAUCCAGGAAAAGUGUGGAAUCCCUACCCUAUACAGGUCAGGCUCUCUAUGGAGAAGCUCUGGAUGCGUGGAUAUCCACAGCUACGACGGCCUCCCUUUGUGGCGCUGAUGGCACCCCGGGAUAUGGACGUGGUGUUGCAUUUCCUGCAGUCGGAUUGGUUUGAGCCUCUACAGGAGGUUGAGGUCAAGUUUCUCACGUGGAAGGCUGUCACUUUGUUGGUCUUAGCUUCUGCGCAACGUCACAUAAAGGAUUCGGCGGGAUUCGUGGGGGAAGCCAUGGAGGACAUUGGAUUGUUGAAUUCUAGAAUUUCCUCGAUGGCAGUAUCGGCUCGCAGAGGUCUCUGGAUGCGCCAAUGGAACGUAGACGAUGAAUCCAAAAAGAGUAUAGAGACCCUCCCUUUCACAGGUGAGGCGCUAUUUGGGGACACACUGGAUGCGUGGAUAUCAACGGCUACUUCAGGUCACAUAAAGGAUUCGGCGGGAUUCGUGGGGGAAGCCAUGGAGGACAUUGGAUUGUUGAAUUCUAGAAUUUCCUCGAUGGCAGUAUCGGCUCGCAGAGGUCUCUGGAUGCGCCAAUGGAACGUAGACGAUGAAUCCAAAAAGAGUAUAGAGACCCUCCCUUUCACAGGUGAGGCGCUAUUUGGGGACACACUGGAUGCGUGGAUAUCAACGGCUACUUCAGGUGGGUUCUUCCUGGGCAGCUGCCCGGGGUGUCUCGGCUAUUCAACUUUGCAGAGCUUCAACUUGGUCACGUUUGCUAAAUUCUACAAGUUUGAUACCUUGGCCUCUGAUGACCUUCAGUUUGAUGUGGGGAAAAAUGGCCGUGCCUCUGAUGGUGGCUCCUUUAAGAACACUGCAUUCUAUGACCGGCUCACCACCAAGACCCUGCAUUUGCUGUCUGGAAAGGAAAUGAAACACGGCCUAAACUACGUGUUCGUUACCGACAAGGCCUUUGCCCUUCAUGAACAUGUCCUGAAGCCAUUCCCGCAAAGGGCCUCAAUAAAGAAAAGCGGGUUUUCAAUUACCGCCUUUCUCGGACUCUUUGGCCUUAACAAGCCACAGGCAUUCGUGUUGUUUGCAGAGCUCGAUGAAUCUCUCAAUAAAAUCACGUUCAGUAUCAAGAGGAUGGACAAGGAGAGGAGUGCUGUGACUGAGAGGAUAUUACAUCUCACCCUGGAGAUCAUCUACCUGCUGACUGGGGAGGGUUACACAGUAUUGAAGAAGACAUCCAGUGACUGUGUGACACCCAGCAGCUGUCCCCUUGUGUCAGGAGGACUGAGCAGGACCCGGAGCCCCAUCACGGUGCCUCCACCUCACUCACUGAUACAUGAGAGGCACAAUGACCAGAUGAUCCUGGAACUCACCAACAAGAUCAUUCAGCUGCCUGCUGGAGAGGUUCCUAUAAGGUGUCAGGAUGUUACCGUCUGUUUCUCCAUGGAGGAGGGGGAGUUUGUAGAGGAACAGAAUCGUCUGUACAAGGACGUGAUGAUGGAGAAUCACCGGCCCCUCACAUCACUGGAUGGACCCAGUAACAGGAAUACCCCGGAGAGAUGUCCCCGUCCCCUGUAUUCCCAGGAUUGUACACAGGAGAAUCACAGGAUCCAACAGGAGGAUCAGGGUGACAAUGUGACUGAUAUUAAGACAGAAGAUAUAGAGGAAGAAGAAGAGACGUAUGUGACUGAUGAUAAGGCAGAAGAUAGAGAAGGAGAAGAAGAGACGUAUGUGACUGAUAAUAAGGCAGAAGACAUAGAGGGAGAAGAAGAGACGUAUGUGACUGAUAAUAAGGCAGAAGAUAUAGAGGGAGAAGAAGAGACGUAUGUGACUGAUAAUAAGACAGAAGAUAUAGAGAGGGAAGAAGAGAUGUAUGUGACUGAUAAUAAGGCAGAAGAUACAAAGGGAGAAGAAGAGACAUAUGUGACUGAUAAUAAGACAGAAGAUAUAGAGAGGGAAGAAGAGAAGUAUGUGACUGAUAAUAAGGCAGAAGAUAUAGAGGAAGAAGAAGAGAUGUAUGUGACUGAUAAUAAGGCAGAAGAUACAGAGGGAGAAGAAGAGACGUAUGUGACUGAUAAUAAGGCAGAAGAUACAGAGGGAGAAGAAGAGACGUAUGUGACUGACAAUAAGGCAGAAGAUAUAGAGGGAGAAGAACAGACGUAUGUGACUGAUAAUAAGGCAGAAGAUACAGAGGGAGAAGAACAGACGUAUGUGCGAGGUGAUCAGAAGUGUAAGGAGGAGGAAAUCCCUACAGGUAACAGCACAGAUGGAUGUAGCAGCCGGAAUGUGUCAGAAGAUCAUCUCGUUUUAACUGAAAAUUGUGACAUAGAUGAUGACAUCACACGAGAUUCUCUUGUAGAAAACCCAAUCACCCCAAUUAUACACCCAGUACCUCACCAUACUGAUAUAUCAUCUGAUCUCUCUGGUCACGAGGAAUAUUCUGAUAAUGCACAGAUUGCUACAUCUGUUACAUCUCUUACAGUAGAUACAAUGUUUUCCUGUUCUAUAGAUACACAGAACACAAAGUGGAUUACCCAUCAGCCAGCUAAGGAACAUGAGAGGCAACUUCCGUGUUCUGAGUGUGGAAAAUAUUUUAGAUAUAAAUCACAAUUAAUUAUACAUCAGAGAUGUCACACAGGUGAGAAGCCAUUUCCAUGCUCUGAGUGUGGGAAAUGUUUUAAAGAUAGAUCAAAUCUUGUCACACAUCUGAGACGUCACACUGGCGAGAAGCCAUUUCCAUGCUCUGAGUGUGGGAAAUGUUUUACAGAUAAAUCAAAUCUUGUCAAACAUCUGAGACGUCACACUGGCGAGAAGCCGUUUCCAUGUUCUGAAUGUGGCAAAUGUUUUACACUGAAAUCAGAUCUUGUUAAACAUCAGAGAAGUCACACAGGUGAGAGGCCAUUUUCAUGUUACGACUGUGGCAAAUGUUUUACACAAAAAUCAAGUUUAAUUAGUCAUGAGAGAUGUCACACAGGUGAAAAACCAUUUCCAUGUUCUGAGUGUGGGAAAUGUUUUACACUAAAAUCAAAUCUUGUUAUACAUCAAAGACGUCACACAGGUAAAAAGCCAUUUCCAUGUUCUGAGUGUGGGAAAUGUUUUUCAGAUAAAUCAAGUUUAAUUUUUCAUGAGAGACUCCACACAGGUGAGAAACCAUUUGCAUGUCCUGAGUGUGGGAAAUGUUAUACGCAGAAAUCACAUCUUGUUAAACAUCAGCGAAAACACCGGUUACUGCAGGGAAAUCCAUGUUUCUCCCCUCUGGGGCCCUGCCGCUUAGGCCUUCCUACUCGGGGCCGUCUACCCAGUCCUUUCAGACUACAAGAUUUAGAUCAAGAACCAGGGGUGCCUCCAAUGCAGCAAGAGGCACCAGAGAUAAGGCACGAAAACCAGCCAUUGCAGGUUCUCAGGAUUACAGCAACAGUUCAGCCUCCACUAAGGCCUUGGCAUGACUGUGCCUCCCCACCCCAAGAGGAUCUCGAGGUGGGAGCUCGACUGUGUCACUUCAGCCGCGUCUGGGAAAGCUCCUGCCAGGAUGCCUGGAAGUCCCACCUGGAGCCUACUCAGCAGAUCCUGUUCCAGGGAAUGGUUCUGGAUACUGUGACCCAGAAAGUGUUCCUCCCAGAAGACAAAGCAAGAACACUACAGGAGAUGGUCCGACUGGUCUUGUGGCCUACUCUGAUGUCCUUCCAUCUUUGCAUAAGAUUGUUGGGAAAGAUGGUGGCCUCUUACAAGGCCAUCCAGUAUGGAAGGUUCCAUGCCGGAACUUUUCAAUUAGAUCUCCUGAGCAAGUGGUCCUGCUCUUAUCUACAGAUGCACCGGGUAAUACAUGGAUGUAGCAGCCGGAAUGUGUCAGAGGAUCAUCUCAUUUUAACUGAAAAUUGUGACAUAGAUGAUGACAUCACACGAGAUUCUCCUGGAGAAAACCCAAUCACCCCAAUUAUACACCCAGUACCUCACCAUACUGAUAUAUCAUCUGAUCUCUCUGGUCAUGAGGAAUAUUCUGAUAAUGCUGAGAUUGCUACAUCUGGUACAUCUCUUACAGAAGAUACAAUGUUUUCCUGUUCUAUAGAUACACAGAACACAAAGUGUAUUACCCAUCAGCCAGCUAAGGAACAUGAGAGGCAAUUUCCGUGUUCUGAGUGUGGAAAAUAUUUUAAAUAUAAAUCACAAUUAAUUAUACAUCAGAGAUUUCACACUGGCGAGAAACCAUUUCCAUGCCCUGAAUGUGGGAAAUGUUUUACAGAUAAAACAAAUCUUAUUGCACAUCAGAGACGUCACACUGGUGAGAAACCAUUUCCAUGCCCUGAAUGUGGGAAAUGUUUUACAGAUAAAUCAAAUCUUAUUACACAUCAGAGACUUCACACUGGCGAGAAGCCAUUUUCAUGUUCUGAAUGUGGCAAAAGUUUUGCACUGAAAUCAGGUCUUUUAAUACAUCAGAGAAGUCACACAGGUGAGAGGCCAUUUCCAUGUUACGACUGUGGCAAAUGUUUUACACAAAAAUCAAGUUUAAUUGUUCAUGAGAGAGGUCACACAGGUGAGAAACCAUUUCCAUGUUCUGAAUGUGGGAAAUGUUUUACACACAAAUCAAAUCUUCUGACACAUCAGAGACGUCACACAGGUAAAAAGCCAUUUCCAUGUUCUGAGUGUGGAAAAUGUUUUACACGUAAAUCAAGUUUAGUUUUUCAUGAGAGACUCCACACAGGUGAGAAACCAUUUGCAUGUCCUGAGUGUGGGAAUUGUUUUACGCGGAAAUCACAUCUUGUUACACAUCAGCGACAUCAACACCGGUGAGAGGCCAUUUUCAUGUCCUGAGUAAGUGGAUUUACUCAGGUGAUACUUUGUGUAUUUGCACGUGAGAAUACUUUAUCCAAAGAAUAAACCUCAGUAAGCAUAUUAUUUCUCCUGU